AUGGCCGCCGCGGCCUCUGCCAUCUUCAACAGGGGGAUGGGAAACGGCGGGAAGGAGAAUACUAUGCGCGGCCUGGUCUCCUUCAUAGCCGACUUGAGGAAUGCAAGAGCACGCGAACUCGAAGAGAAGCGCAUAAACAAGGAGCUUGCCAACAUCCGCCAGAAAUUCAAGGGAGGGAACCUUUCCGGCUACGACAAGAAGAAGUACGUCUGCAAGCUGUUAUACAUCUACAUCUUGGGCUGGAACGUCGAUUUCGGUCAUUUGGAGGCUGUGAACUUGAUCUCGGCCAACAAGUACUCGGAGAAGCAGAUCGGGUAUCUGGCUGUCACGCUGUUUCUCCACGAGCAGCACGAGUUGAUACACUUGGUCGUGAACAGCAUCAGGAAGGACUUGGCGGACCACAAUGAGCUCAACAACUGCCUGGCGUUACAUGCAAUUGCCAAUGUUGGUGGCAGGGAGAUGGGAGAAGCUCUCUGCGCAGACGUACACCGCCUCUUGAUCUCACCUGCGUCCAAACCUUUCGUGAAGAAGAAGGCUGCUCUUACACUGCUGAGGCUGUACCGCAAGGUGCCUACGAUCGUUCAGCCGGAAUGGGCGGAGCGAAUAAUAGCCAUCAUGGACGAUCCGGACAUGGGGGUUGCGCUGUCUGUCACGUCCCUAAUCAUGACCCUCGCGCAAGACGAUCCAGACUCAUACAAAGGAAGCUACGUCAAGGCUGCUCAGCGUUUACGGAAGGUUGUCGUCGAACAGGAGUAUUCUGGUGACUAUGUCUACUACAAAGUUCCUUGUCCGUGGCUGCAAGUGAAGCUCCUCCGGCUGAUGCAGUACUUCCCUCCCUCGGAGGAUUCGCAUAUCCGUCAAUUGAUGCGCGACUCUCUCCAAAACAUCCUGGACAGCGCCAUGGAAGCACCCAAGAAUGUGCAGCAAAACAAUGCACAAAAUGCCGUGCUUUUCGAAGCUAUCAAUCUCAUCAUUCACCUGGACACGGAGCGGGAUCUCAUGGUCCAAAUAUCGACGAGAUUGGGCAAAUUCAUCGGCUCGAGAGAGACGAAUGUGCGAUAUCUAGGCCUAGAAGCCAUGACACAUCUGGCAGUGCGCGCCGAGACGCUGGAUCCUAUAAAGAAGCAUCAGGACAUUAUCCUUGGGUCCCUCAGAGACCGAGACAUCACUGUGCGACGACAGGGAUUGGAUCUUUUGUACAGCAUGUGCGGUCAUUCCAAUUCCCAGAAGAUUGUGCAUGAGCUCCUGAAAUACCUUCAAUCUGCCGACUACGCCAUUCGUGAGGAGAUGGUGCUGAAGAUCGCCAUCCUCACUGAGAAAUAUGCGACAGAUGCUAAGUGGUAUGUCGACAUUUCGAUGCGGCUUAUUGCCAUGGCUGGCGAUCACGUCAGCGACGAAGUCUGGCAGCGAAUUAUACAAAUCGUGACGAACAAUGAUGAGCUGCAAGUCUAUGCAGCUGAGAACAUCCUACAAUACUGCAAAGCCGACCACUGCCAUGAGACGUUGGUCAAGAUUGGCAGUUAUAUCCUCGGCGAGUUCGGUCAUCUCAUCGCAGACAACAAAGGUUGCAGUCCAAUUGAGCAGUUUCUUGCGCUGCAGGCGAAGUUCGCAUCAAGUCCGCCCAAUACAAGGGCGAUGAUCUUGUCUGCUUUCUUCAAAUUUGUCAAUCUGUUCCCAGAGAUCCGACCACAGAUCAUGAAUGCCUUCCGGAACUACAGCCAUUCACUAGACUCAGAGCUGCAACAACGCGCGUGCGAGUACCUCACCAUAUCAACAAUGCCAUCGGACGACCUUUUACGAACUGUGUGCGACGAAAUGCCGCCGUUUCCGGAGAGAGCAUCUGCUUUGCUUUCGAAACUAGACAAGAAACAAAGCGCUGUUGGCGACAAACGCACGUGGGCUAUCACUGGAAAGGAUGGUCUACCCACGUUGGACAGGAGCGCAACUCUCAAGCGCAACUUCUCCAAUGGCGCAUCGAGCGCGCUUAAUGGUGCAGCCGUCAAUGGUACAGCCGUCAACGGUACAAAUGGAACACAUACGAAUGGCGGCAUAAAUCCACCUAUUGACGAGCUGGCUGGCCUCGACUUCUCAAGCGGCGGGCCAAACAUGGCAAGCGCCAAUCACCUUUCCCCAGAUUGGGAGCCUGGCUACAACAGAUUGUUGGUUAAGCCUGAAGGAACCUUGUACGAGGAUGUGCAGAUACAAGUCGGACUUCGGUCAGAGUACCGAGCCGAAGUCGGGUGCUUAAUUCUCUACUUCUCCAACAAGUCCUCGGCGCCCAUCCAGUCGUUCACCACAACCCUGGACAACAGGUCAUCGGAACACCUCAAGAUCGACGUCAAGGGGCUUCCGGAUACGACCGUCAGCCCUGGCGCGCAGACCUCACAGACCGUCAUGUUUGAGGCAAAGGGCAUCUUCACCGACGCUCCCACUAUCCGCAUAUCCUACAUGGCUGGUGCCCUGCAGGCCCUAACUCUCCAACUGCCCUUGUUACUUCAUAAGUAUAUGGACAGCGCGGUACUCAGUUCCGACGACUUUUUCAAAAGAUGGAAACAGAUCGGCGGUGCGCCUCGCGAAGCGCAAAAGAUCUUCAAGGCCUAUGAUGUCUCUACCGAGAAUACCAGGAGGACUCUUCAGGGCUUGAAAUGGGGCAUUCUCGAUGGCGUCGACCCAAACGCGAGGAAUUUCGUCGGUGCCACGGUGCUGCAUACCAGUGCUGGGAAAUUCGGUUGUUUAUUGAGGUUGGAGCCAAACCAUGAAAACAAGGUGAGCACUAGCACACAAGAAUCGCACCCCCCAAGGUCUUUGCUUACUGAUUUCUGCUAGAUGUACCGCCUCACGAUCCGAGCAACUGAUGAGGCCGUCCCUCCCGUUCUCAUGAAAUGCAUGGAAGAAAGACUUAGUCAGCCCUACCCAUAUUAA